AUGGCAGGGAGGUGUUACUUGCUGAGUGUGAGCAAUCUCGUGGGCGCGUGGUUCGAGGUGGGAAGCAGCGCGCUGCACAAAUUCAGCACGGCGAGCGGCCUGUCGUGCAACGCCGCCAAGUACUCCGCGCUCGCCACCGCCACUGACGGCAGCAACGUCGCUGGGUGUGGCGCAUAUCCGCAGCAGCAAGGGCGCAUCUCGCGCAACCUGCGCCGUGUGUGCGAGGCGGCCGUUUACAGCGCAGGGCGCACGCGUCCCUGCAGGCGAUGCUUGUGCCGGGGCCUCAGGGGCAGGCCCUCGCGAUCUACAAUCAGGCUGGGAGCGCUGCAGCAGCAUAACAACCGCGCCAGCACAUUCACAACGACCCGCAGGACCCCUGGGCUGGACGUCACGAAGCAAGGGCUCGCAGACGCAGCCAACCGCAUCAUUGCUGCUGCUGGAAGGGCUCAGCGCGCAGGGAUGAGGGGAAGCCUGGCGGUGCUGCAGAUGCAGCUCAUGCUGCCCGCUGCCAACAGCAGUGCCGCCACCCGGUUCACAUCCCGGCUCUCUUGGUUUCCUGGGGCGCGCGUCUUGGGAACUGGGAGUGAGAGGGAAGGUGGGCCUGGCGACGACUGUGAUUCGCCUGCUGGCGGCGUCGGUGCUCCGUGCCCUCCCUCACCAUGUUCCCAUCGCCCCUUCCCCUGGAAUUCCCAGACCCAGCUGCGCAUGCAAGCCGUGCAAGACAGGAAGCAGCCUGGGAAGUUUGCAGUGAGCCUCUUUGGAUUCGCUCGGAAUAACAACUACCUGAUCAACAAGCUUGAAGGGAACGCAGAUUCCGAGUACAACAUGGCCACCAUUGUGUCGUGUGAUGGCGGCCAGGAGCUGGUGAAGGAGACGGUGGGGGCGUGCCCCGACGUGCAGACGAGCAACACGUUCAUGGCGGAGUUUUUCCAGGUACCCGUGCGCGCGCCUCUAGGCGGCGUGGUGAAGCGCGGCAUCCGCAUGACCACGCCCGCGCGCCAGUCGCAGAUCCAGGGGCUCUCCAAGUCCGCGCUCGCCGUGCGCGACCACCUGCGCUCGGUCUGCACCGCCAUCGCGCGGCCCCCCCGCGCAGGGCAGCUCCGCCACGCUGCAAACACAAUAAUAAUAUAUCCUUCCCCCCUCCUUCCACCGUCCCUCCCCUCAGCUGCUGCUGAACCUGAACGACAUUGUGGGGCUCACGCGCAACGUGAGUGGGUUUGGGCGCGCGACGGGGCGCAUGGGCGCAGCGACGGCAUCAAUGCGGCGAUGGCGGGGCUCAUGUUCUCCAACCCGCCUCGCCAUGCGCUUUCUCCUACUCCGCCAUCGGCGCCGUCACGCAAGUGGAAGCCUCGCAGGUACACCGCCGCGCCCAACGCCCCUUGCAUGCGCCUGCGCAAUGCAGCGACCCUUCUGGUGCCUGCAUGCCUGCACGGGAUGUGA